CUCGUCAACACACCCUUCCCAUGACACUCAGGCACCAAGGCGCUUCCAUCGUCUAGGACGACUCCAAAGGAAACUUAUACUCAUGUCCAGGGCAGCAACAGCAAUAUCGGCGCCUCCUAGCGCACCCUCCGCCAUCAGCACCCGUGGCAAUCGCACAGGAGCUUCCAGCAAUGCACAGCGAUCAGAAUUAACAUGUCCUGGCUGCCAUGGCACCAACAUUCUCGAAGACCCUGAGGUCGGUGCUCUCGUAUGCUGCGACUGCGGCCAUGUGCUUCAAGAGAAUAUUCUGAGCAACGCGCUAGACGCGGCGGGAGUGGAUAACACAUCCUAUUAUGGAACCACCCUGGUUUCUCGCACCGGUCGAUCGCUGCUCACGGACACCAGACACGGAGCAUUCGCAUACAUUUCCGUCGCGAAUGCAGCAACCCGCAUACGUUUGUAUCGCCGUAAGCGCUUUGAGCAAGUUCGGACACUACUUGCGACAGUUGCACGCGGAUCCGGACUCAAGAGCGCCGAUUCGAGUCGAGCGUACUAUCUCUGGAAGAACAUCAUGAGCAUCUCGAACCCACGGUUUUGGAACCCAGCAGCCAGAGCUGCCCUCGCUUGUCUUUACCUCGCCGCCAAGGAGGCCAAGAGAGGAAUAACGUUAAUCGAUAUUGCGGUCCGAGCAGAGAUGUCGCCCUACAAGAUCGGAGCCGCGUGCAAGCAGGUCAAGUCGACCCUGAUUGAACUCAAGAUCCUGGAUCUUGACAGUAGCCAACUUCUCAAUGCGGAGGAAGAUCCGUGGACCAUGCUGGAGAGAAUUAUGACCAUCGGUUCUGCGGACUCUAACGAGCGAGGUGAGAUGGAAAGACUGGCCCAAGAUAUCCAGGAUGCUUUUGGAUUCAACCUGGAGGACGAAACGAGAGCGUCAAGCCUGCGUAGUCUGUUGUCAUCGGCUCAAAAAUGCAUGGCGAUCGCGAUGGAUGCAAGCCUACCGUCGGGCCGCAAUCCUCAGGGAAUGGUUGCCGCCUGUCUGAUCGUGGCAGUGGAAGUGCGAUUGAUGCUGACCAAGGUACCUGAGGAGCUGUUCGAGUUUGUGGCUCUUGUGUUCAGGAGCGCAAAGUCCACGGUAGCAAUUCGGUACAAGGAGUUACGAAAGUGUAUGCUUGUAUGGGCGCAGCAACUGCCGUUUCAUAACAAUGCCCGUGAUAUCAAGGACAAAAAGUUGGUGUACUACAUGGAGGAUGUUAUUGUGUACUUUGGACAUCUUAAGGAACACAACAAGCGGCUGUGGACCUUGCUGGACAAGGCAGGGUGUGCGAUCUCGGAUGAGGAGGACUUUGAUAGAUGGGAGCAGGAUCCCGAGCUCGAGCAGGUUGCGACUCAAGACGAAUUUCUUUCAGUAAUGCGCGAUGGUGAUACUGAUGAAGAAGAGCCCGAAAGCUUUGAAGGGGAGCAGGAUAUCAAGGAUCACGACUCAUCCCAUUCAAAUAAUGGAUUCGGCGAGCCUUCAAACGAUAAAUCCGACCCCCGAUUGUAUCCACCAGCAUAUUUGGCCAACAGAGAGCGAGAGAGACGACAGGCUGAGCUCAUUCAGGUUGCAAAGGGGGAGGCCGAAUAUUCCCCCGCACCAUUUCAGAAGGCAAAGACCCAGGAGCCUCAAGAUCUUGCGCGAAUCAACCGGAUCAAACGCCUGCUCGAACUUGGAGCAAGGACUGAACAGGAGCUCAUUGAGGCGAGCGACAAUGCUUUGGAGUACUGGCUACGCAGCGAUGAAGCGAAGGCGUCAGAUCCGGGUGUGACUCGAACACAGGAGGAGAUGGCAUCGGUUGAAUUGACUGGCGAGGAUCUGGACGAACAGGAAUUUGAAAAAUACAAGAGAACGCCAUCGGAAAGACAAGCACUUUUAAGGAUCAUGGAGCCAACGUAUCUGGAAGCGGAGCAAAAAGCAAAGUACUGGGCGCAGCGUCGCCAUGCACCCAAGAAGCCACCGAGAUCCAGGGACAAAAGGGAGAGGCCGCAUCUUUCUGUGGCUUCUCAGGGCGGUCAACAAGCAAAGAAGAUGCGGUCAUCAAAGAUCAAUUGGGAUGCCAUUACCGACAUGGGAGACAGUGGUGCCGAGGAAGUUGCUGUCAAACAAGGAAUGGAAGAAAUGCCGGAGGAGGGUCACUGGCCACCAGAUCUCGGGGAUGACGCCGAGUUUGGGGAGAACCUCGUCGACAUUGACAACAACGACGAUAACUACCAAGAUUUCGAGGACGAUUACGAUGAUGACUAUGACUAGACAUUCCGGCGCACGCGUUAUGUAUUGCAUUUACGUCGGGAGAAACUCUUGCAACAACGCUCUCUGCAUCCAGUUAUAUACUUGUACUAUAUUUCUUUUCACUAUGUACCAUAUAUACAUAUAUAUAUAUAUCGGCCUGCUGAGUGUAAUAAUAAUAAACGCGCGAAUGGCCUAUCC